UCUGACGUUCACUCCACACCUUCAUCCUUGAAUCUUGAUCCUUAAUCCCUUCAUUCCCAUCCCUCUCUCACCAGUCUUUCACGUUUCAACUUUCAAGACACUUUUUUCUUGAAAAAAAAAAAAAUAAUAAAACAGUUUACCACAAAAACUCACAAAAUCCCAAGAGUUAAAUUGGUCAUAAAGAUAGAAUCUCACGUCUUAAUAGUUGCUUCAAUCUGUUCCAUCCCGUGUACGCCCAUUCCACCACUAGCCUUUAGGCCAUUCAUAUUUGAGGGUCGCUAGGAAAAGGCCACCUUUCUACUCUUUCUUGCUUUCUAACAGCAUAGUAGUACUUGUGAAUAUUCUCCCACCCUUUUCCGUCUCUCCCCUCUGUUUCAAACCAUUCUGCUGCUCUGCAACCUGCAUCACCCCCUCACCCUCUUCGACCAUAAAUUACUGAUAACAUAGUACGGUGUUAGCAUCCUCGUCACUUAGUUAUUUCCUCCACUGUAAAAACCCAAUCUCGUUUCUUAAACUCCUUGUGUUUUAUGGUUUAGUAGAAUCAUUUUGCUUAUCUGGGCUUUAUCCGGGAUAAGGAAAUAAGAUAUGGGUUCAUUUUGUACCAGUAAAAGGAGUGCUCUUUAUGCUAUCUUUCUUUGUGUUUUUCUUGUUCAGCUAUGCCACUCUGCUUCUUCCAAGUUGUAUGUGGUUUAUAUGGGCAGCAGAGGAAGUGAUGAGCCAGAUGAGAUUUUGAGGCUAAACCGUCAAAUGCUUACUGUUGUCCACAAAGGAAGUGUGGAACAAGCAAUGGACUCGCAUGUGCGUAGUUAUAGACAUGGUUUUCGAGGCUUUGCUGCCAAGUUGACGGAAGAACAAGCUUCUGAAAUUGCAAAAAUGCCCGGAGUAGUAUCCGUAUUUCCCAAUACCAAGAGGAGUCUGCACACUACUCAUUCAUGGGAUUUUAUGGGCCUCAUUAAUGAAGAGACUAUGGAAAUACCUGGUUAUUCAACCAAAAAUCAAGUGAAUGUUAUUAUUGGUUUCAUUGAUACAGGUGAUUUCUCUGUGCCUUUUGUUGAGUGUUUGUUAACUACUUUGAUCAAGUAGGUAGACAUGUGACAACAAUGGUCCCUUCAUUGAUAGCUUGGCAAGGAAAGGUGGUUGUCGCUUAGGUGUUCCUGUUCCUGGUGCAAAGUCUAGCUGUUUAUUUAUAUUUUCAGUUAUACUUUUCUUAGUUGAGAAACAUUAAGGACUAAGAUGUAACACUUAGCAGUUGCUGCCUAAUUUCUUAUCGAGUACAAUCCCCCU